AUGACAUAUCUUGUAUUUGACCAGGGUCAAGAAUUCCACCAUCCGACGGGAACUUUGGGCCUGAGUGUCACCAUCUUCACUGUCUGCGCCAUCUUACUUAUAAUAAUGCUUGUUGCCCGGCGACAGUUUCCUAUAUUUGGCAAGGCUGAACUGGGGGGACCCAAGACCUUCAAGCACCUGACGGGGAUGAUAGCGCUGGUCAUGUGGGUGCUCUACGUCAUAGUAUCGUCAUUACAGGCACAAGGAUAUAUAGAAGCCUUCUGA